AUGAAAGUUCAAUGUCCUGUUCCGUCGCGAUGGCGGCGAUCUCGCCGUCGAGCUCUCCGGCGGCGUCCCCCUUCUCCGCCUCCCGCCGCCGCCUCCCCCUCUCGCGCGCCCGAAACUCUAACCCUAGCGUCCCCAAUCAAAUCCUCGCGAUUCAGCCGCGUGACCUUGAAUUGCUCGGCGAAUAGUUCGUCGGAUUCGGCUUUGAAGCGGAAGCGGCCGGCGAGAAUCGAUGUACCGGUGACGGAUGCUUUGAUAUUCGCGCCGGUGGGAUCGGGCGGUCGAGAGGAGGUGGAGAUGGAGAGUGAGAGGUGCGCUGUUUAUUGUAAGAGGGGGAGGAGGAGGAUUGAGAUGGAGGAUCGGUUCAAGGCUGAGCUUGAUGUCGAUGGAGAUCCCCAAUUGGCUUUCUUUGGCAUUUUCGAUGGUCAUAGUGGUACUAAAGCUGCUGAAUUUGCUGCCGACAAUUUGGGGAAAAACAUUAUAACUGAAAUUAAGAGAAAAGAUGAAGACAUAGAAAAGGCGGUUGCUAAUGGGUAUAUGAAGACUGAUGCAGAGUUCCUUAAAGAAGAAGCUGUAAGUGGAUCCUGCUGUGUCACUGCUCUCAUUAAGAAGGGUGAUCUUAUUGUGUCCAAUGCUGGUGAUUGCCGGGCUGUCUUGAGCGUUUCGGGUACUGCUGAGGCACUUACUUCGGAUCAUCGGCCAUCGAGGGAGGAUGAAAGGGAGAGAAUUGAGAACCUCGUAAGUAACUUAUCUCAUUGCACAUUGAAAAUAUUUUCGCUGUAAUGCUCAUGUUUUUUCAUAGAACAUAAUUGUUUCUGGUCAAUGGGAAUGGUACCAAAGAAGUUAGUUGUUAAAAUAAGUAGGCCAGUUCUAUAAGUCUACAUAUUUGAUGAAUUCAUUGCUUGGUGAAAAGGAAAAGCUUCUUGUUAAACUUGUUUUUUUUUGUUAGUUUUGAAUUUUUUGAAAGUUGAAAAGGGGGGAAAACUGACUAUAGUAUGUAAAUUGAAUUGUGUAAGUUUUUUUUUUAAAAUUUGACGAGUCUUUUUGUUAAUGUGCAUGCUUGUGGCAACAGAACUGUUUGUUACACGUUUGUGUUCCUUUGGUUUUGGUUUGAAGAAGUUUAGAAACUGAAACAUCACCAAUAAUUUUCAAUGUAGGUUUGGUGUCACUUUUUAUUAAAUUUGAUGAGUUUAUAUGUUAAUGUGCAUGUUUUAUUGAAAUAGAAAAUUUGUUUGAAUAGUACAUUUGCGUUCGGUGGGUUUAACUCUGUUAAAGUUCAAAAAAAGGAAAGAGUAAAUAUAAUUACAAU